AUGCCGUUCGUCACCACGAAAAAGAACAGUUUGCCCAGAAAGGGAAAUGAGAACAAGGACGUGUGGCUUAGUAAGGUCCUAUCAAGCUGGGCAUCUCUAUUUCUUGGUACUGGAACCUAUCACCACGCUAUCGGCAAAGCUGUACAAGCACCAGCAUAUACGACGAGCAUCGAGCAAUUAUGGAUAGAUAUUCGCCUCUUUACACCAGCCGAAACAGGUGGGCUUCCUCCUCCUGAUCAAACAGCAUGGGAAAUAUGCGCAGUCCUGAAGCACAUAUUCGAGCAAGGCCCGGACCCCCUCCACAGGAGUCGAAAGGUGACAUUUAUUGACGAAGUUGUCUUAAACCUGUUGCCUCAAGGGCUAUUGCGCGAUACCUCCGAGGCUUCCAGUCCCGAUGGUGGCAACGGCAUGGAUUACGAUCUGUACUUCAGACCAGAGAGCCCCAUUGUCAUAAUAAGCCACGAAUUAGUCAAUGUGUGGAACAAGAUCUGGACUGCGAACGACUUCAAUACGGUUGACUACCAGGCACGAUACUAUCGCAUGCUAUUAGAAAAGAUCAACAAAGUCCGCAUCUGUGUCAAUGGAAAAACGUUCAAGACGAGAGAAUUGGCUGUCGAGCUAGAAAGAGGACGGGCCGAGAUGAGGAGAAUCCAGAGGAGAUAG